GCCUAUAUUUCAUAUGUUUUGACACACUACUAAUAACAACAUUGAUAAUAGUAGAUUUAGAGGAAGCCUUGUAGAAUUUUUUUUUUGGUUAACUAAGUUAAAAUUUGGUUUAUCAUGGAUACGAGCAAAGUAGCUUCGAAUAUCUUAAGUCGCGGGGUUAAAUUGGAUAUGGAGAAAAGGUAUACAGAAGCUUUGGUAUGUUACCAAGAAGGAAUAGAGCUCCUAUUUGAAAUGGCAAAACAUGAGUCAGGGGAGAAGGGUAGUUACCUUAAGGAGAAGGUUAGAGAAUACAUGACUCGAGCUGAGAAACUUAAGGUUAUUGUAGCUAAUCUAAAGAAGAGUGGGAAAUACCAUGAACAAAUUAGAAUUAAGAAUGAUGAUACUGGUUACAGCUAUGAGAGCUUGUUCAGUGAAUAUUUAAAUAGUGAAGUCAGAAAAGUACAAAUAGAAGAUCCUUAUAUUAAGGCACAUCAUCAGGUACAGAAUCUGGUAAGAUUUUGUGAAUUGCUUGUAAGCAAAUGUAAAAAUCUAAAAGAAAUUAAAUUACUCACAAAGAAGGAUGAUACUGAGCAGACAAAGGGUUUUGAAUUGUUGAAAACUGAUUUGGCCAAUCACAAUGUUGUAUUUAUAGUGGACUAUUCAGAUUCUCUCCAUGAUCGACAAAUAGAAUUAUCAAAUGGUUGGGUUCUGAAGAUAGGAAGGGGAUUGGAUAUGUUCAAACCACCAGUUUCAAAGUUUAGUCUUGGUAUAUUUAAUUUAAAAUUUAGGAAGUGCCAUGAAACAACAGUUGAUAUCUACCAAACAAUCAAGUAGCAUACAUUUUACAAUACAUAUUUUAGUUUUUAUAUAAAUAUUAAUUCGUA